CAUGCGCCCAGGCCCAAGCUGGGCCCUAGCAACCGCCGCAGUGACAGUAGCAACGGAGCGGAAUGGCAAAAGCAACAACAAUUAAAGAAGCCCUAGCCAGAUGGGAAGAAAAAUCAGGUCAGAAGCCAGCAGAAGCCAAAGAGGUAAAACUUUAUGCCCAGAUUCCCCCUGUAGAGAAGAUGGAUGCAUCCUUGUCCAUGCUUGCUAAUUGCGAGAAGCUUUCGCUGUCUACAAACUGCAUUGAAAAAAUUGCCAAUCUGAAUGGCUUAAAAAACUUGCGGAUCUUGUCACUGGGAAGGAAUAACAUAAAGAACUUAAAUGGAUUGGAGGCAGUUGGGGACACGUUAGAGGAGCUGUGGAUAUCUUAUAAUUUCAUUGAGAAGCUGAAAGGGAUCCAUGUUAUGAAGCGACUGAAGAUCCUCUAUAUGUCUAAUAACCUAGUGAAAGACUGGGCGGAAUUUGUAAAGCUGGCUGAAUUAGGAUGCCUAGAAGAGCUGGUGUUUGUGGGUAAUCCCCUGGAAGAAAAAUACUCCAUUGAGGGCGUCUGGAUUGAUGAAGCAACCAAACGAGUACCCAGGCUGAAGAAGCUAGAUGGAAUCCCAGUAAUUAAAGAGGAAGAAGAAGAAGAAGGCUAAUGCCACAUUUCCACUUUGUUUUAACUUAUGAUAUUUAAGUAAGAACAAUAGAUAAUGCUUUGUAUAAUUGUCUGUUUUAAAAAGUAUAUUGAGGGCAAAAAUAUUUUUAAAAUAUUUUACAAAUCCCUUGUCAUCGUUCUCCCUUUCUUACCCCAUCUCAAGAGUGAGUUAACAAAACAGUGGUGACAGCAACUUUACCUAUAAGGACACAGGCCUCCUAUUUUGUAACUAAAGAAAUUAUGGAUAGCAGUAUCCACUCUUUAGUCACAACUGCAUAUCCCAAGCUAAUAAAAUAUUUAUAAAUAGUUGUUUUUUUCUAGUUAGAAUAGAAGCACAUUUUUCAUGUCCCUUCAACCUAAGUAUUUAAUUAAUUAUAAUAACAAAGGAAUAAUUUUUAGUUCUCUGUUCAAUUUGUUUAAAUACUACUUAGUCUAUUUUUUAAAAAAAUAUGCGUUGCUUCAAGAAAAAAGUUUUAGAUCAACAUAUUUGGAUCUUUACCAUCUUCCUUCCUGUCUAGCCACCUUCUUGUUUAUCAUAGUCCACAAAUGCCAUCUAUUUGGUUCAGAAAGACAACAUGUGGUAUGAAAUGAUCUUCUGUCACCAGCAAGAUUCAGAACUAGCAAGAGAGAAAAAUUCAAAUCCAAGGAGGCAUAUUCCACAUUAUGGUUUGUUGGGAUUUUUAAAAAAUGAGUGCAUGUUAACUGGGAUUUAGGUCAUCUUUACUUGUGGCCACUGAAUCAGAUUAUGGCCUUGUCAGUCCAGUGACUGUAAUUACCUUGAUCUCCUGUAUAAUCACUGGGUCUGAAUCAGUCCUGUUAUGUUCAGUAUCAUUUGUGAAGAUGACUAUACUGAUCACUCUGUGCUGUCAUCUGGUUACUUUGCACAUGUAAAUCUGGCCUUAGGUGCAUGGUGAAAACUGUAAAGAAGUGACUAGCUAUUUUAGGCUUGCCUAAUCCAAACUGACUGCUAGGCAGCAUUACUUCACGUUCACCUAGGUUUUUGUCAGUUGUACGUAAUUAUUGGGGACAAUGAUUGUGGUAGAUAGAAAGAAGAGAGAGCUUAUCAAGAAUUGAAUCUAGCAACUUCCUGAUAAAUGAAAUGUUCUAUUUCUUGGUUCACUUUUGUUUGACCAGUGCCAGUUCAGAUAGCUGAUAUGAUGGAUUAUGUAAGUGCAUAUAGGAGGGAAAGAAAAGAAAGUGACUAUUUUUAUAUGGGUGUACAGGCAAAUGGCCACACCUUUUAGAGUAAUUUCAUGCAACAUUGCAAUAUACUUAAAACUCUGAAAUCACGAAAUAACAAGAAGGCGCAGAAUUUUGGAAUAUUGUGUAACAAAAAAGCUUACAUUCUUUCCCCAUUCUGGGAAGCAUAAGGUGGUACAGUGGGUGCCUAAGUAGAGUUUUGCAGAGAGAAAUGGCCGAUUCACUCAUACAGAGACAGAAGGAAGUCAGGAACUCUCUGCCACAUUGUUCUAGAUAUUCCUAAAGUGAGGUACCACUGAUAAAUUUAUAGUUAAAGGAGAAAAAAGUAAGUUGACAAUUUAAAGAAGUAGCCCCUAGCUUCAGAAGUAUUGAGUUCUUACCAAGACAGGAAACAUUUGAUUUCCUUAUUAGAAAGGUGUUACUGCUUUGACAAUCAGUUUCUAGUGAUAAAAGAAGAAAAAUUGGUGCAGCAUUUUAAACUUUUUAGCCAUUCUCUUAGAAGAAAUUCUACAUAGUUAAUUUAGGAAACCCAAUCUUAAGAUUGGCUUUAGGAAAGCCCAAUCUUAAGAAUCCAAAGUCUGUGAAUAUUCAGGGGGGUCAUAAUUCAAAGAACCUUCAUCGUACUUUUGUUGUGGUUGGUAAUUCAUUCUGUUAUCCUGGUUGAAUUGAAAAUCUUUAGAUUGGGUGAGUGUGUUUCCUUUGUUCUCUUCCCCUAAAAGUUACUGUCAGAGUGAAUGAGUGAUUUUACAGCAGUGUUGGCCAGUUGAGUCUGCUUGUCACAUGGUUUGAUGCCAGUUUUUCCUAUCCUUAGUCUUGACCUUUUUAAAACAGAAGGGACUUUUUUUUCUUUCAUCUGGUAAUCUUGGAAUCACAUGUAGUGUUCAGAGAAAUAGAAGGUAGUGAUUACUGGUGACUUCACCCAAUAUUCACAUUCAUGUCAACAUGUUUAUUGAGUGCCUACUGUGGUGCCUAGCAAGGUUCUUUUUAUGGGACUGAAUCUAGAGUCUUAGCCAUUAGAGAAGGAAAUAUAGGGACCCAGAAGUAGUUCAGGUUCUUACUUCAUCUAUUUCAAAGGACCCUAAAUUUAACUGACGCUUUAUGCCUUAAGCAUAUUGCUUGUAGGAAAGAUGUUUGGCCUAGUUUGAAUGUGUUGUCUCUGUGUUCCUAGAUUAUUCGUAUAUAUUACAUAUAAUAUAUGUUUUAUACAUAUAUGUUUCAAGGGGUUAAAUUAGUUUUACUGAAUCUAUUUUUCCCUCUAAUGGUAAAUUUGUAGAAUUCGUCAGAUCUUUUAAUUGUUCAGAAAAGCUUCUAUUUUAGUCAUCCAAAGAAUUCAACCCUUCUAUGGUAUCUAAUAUCGAUAUAGUUGUGAUUCUAUAUAUUUUUACACAACUCUCUAGUUAUCUGCUGCCAGUUUUCAUGUGAUGUUUAAAAAGGUGAUAUAUGUAUGAUAGAUGGCCAGAAAAGACAUACAAAUGUUAUCCUAUUUUACUCUCUUAACUUUUGGUAGUUUUAUUUUUAUUUUCUCAUCUUUUCCUAGAAGUGUCUCACCUAGCAUUUCUUACCAUUUUUACUUUAACCCAACUCUCCCAAGAUAUCACUGUUUUUCACCUUCUCUCUUUUGAUUAGCAGUGGUACCCUUUCUUGUAUAGGAAAUGUCUACAUUUCUCUUACUCAGUUUCUCAAGUCUAACAUUUUGAGUAUAAAAAAAAAAACUGAGUCCAUGUUUAAGGGUGAUUUAUAGUCAAAUUUUGCACAAGAUUCAGAGUUUUAUGUGUCAAUAAUAAAAAUUUUACAAAUUAUUAUAUGAAACUUGGGAUUGUACAUGAGAGUUGGAUAAUGUAGACAUUCAUAUACAUCUUUCCUUAGUGACUCACUUUUUGAAAAGUGCUUUACAGUUUACAAAUGGUAUUCCUUACAACAAACCUCUGAGAUAGUUCAAAUCUAGUUUGGGAGUGAUCUGAAGAUAUGGUUCAUUAUGUGAAAAUAACUUGGUCUUGGCAAUGUUCCUAGGUAUGGUUUAAAAAAAAUUUUUUUAAAUUACUAUUUAAGUUGAUGUUAAUUCACUUCCUUUGAGAUUAUAUGCCAGGAACUGAGAUCAGGGGAAUUAAUCUUCCUCUUUCAGCCUCUGAAGGAGGAUUGAAAUUUGAGCAGAGAUGAUAUAAAAGAGCUUAGACGCUAUUCUUAUAUGGAAAGAGAGCUUUUGCUUUGACAGGGAUCUCAUUAGCAGUGUGAAAUAGAAUGAUAAGGAGGGAUGAGAAGUGAGGUUUUGAGGGUAUUCAAGUCUCUCUCAAGGAUUUGUUCUCAGUAUUAAUUCCCAUUAUGUGUAAAUAAAUCUUAAGGCUAAUUUACCUCUGGGGUUUACCAUAAUCAUCCACCUGAAAGGACUAAAUAGAAAGGGUUUGUGUAGAGAGAGGUAGGAUUUGAUCAUUCACUGAAAGAGUGAAAUAAUAUCAAAGGCACUGUCACUAGUGGAGAAGGCAAACAGCCUACUGUAUGGUUCAGUAGGUCAUUUUUUUAUCAGCACAGUGGAUAAAGUGCUGGGCUUAGAGUUAGGAAGACUCAUCUUCCCAAGUUCAGAU